ACCCCUAUGAAGCUGAAAUAAAAACAUGAAAGAAAACAAACCAAAACCGAACCCGAAUAUAUCAUUACAUCCUCAAUUCAAUUCCUCAUAUCUCAAACACUAUCAUCAAAUCCAAAUCAUCACCACUUAUAUUCCUUUUGACCCUUCUCAUCCUCUAUUUUCUCCUCCACAUUCAUCAUCAUGAAUUUAACACCCCUUCAUCAAAAAAACCACAACCCAGAACACCACCACAACUUCCUCGUUUGAAAUGUCCCCACCUUUGCAACCACUAACCAUAACAAACCUCCCUUCCUUACCAGAUCUUUUACUAACCGCACUCUCCGUUUGCUUUCUUUUCACCUCCUCCAGAUCCCACAACACCACAACAACCUCAACCAACUGUCCUUUCCUCUCUUUCCCUCUUAACCCUCGCCGUUUCCUCAAAAUUCCCGCCAUGUCCCAAACUGCCACCUCAUCGUUAUCAUCGUCGUCCAACCACAAGAAUAACCGUCGCCAUAGUUUCGCUUCUCCCCAAUCUCUAUCUGAAUGGCUCAAACCUCGUUUACCCUCCGAUUCGUUUGCGACUUGGGGCGUUAAACCCGGAACCAAGAACGUUCAUAAUCUCUGGCUUGAACUCUCCCAAGGAGAAACGUUGCUCGAAGAUUCGAAUCCUCCGAUUCGAACCGUUCAGGUUGUUACGGUUAGGGUUAUUGGAAAAGACGGGAAAGUCCUGGUUGAAUCGCAUCAGGAAUUAUCUGACGGUAGAGUCAGGGAACGGGGCAGGCCGUUGUCGGAGAAGAUGAAACCCAAUGAAGAACCGGAGUCUGCCGCUGUUAGGGGGAUUAAGGAGGAGCUUGGUUCUGUGAUUGGGGUUGGAACGGAGGUUUGUGAUAUAGUGACGAUUGACCCGAAUUCGUAUGUGAUGAGGGUGGAGGAGCGGAAUUCAGGGUCUUAUCCUGGUUUGCCUGGUUGCUAUGUUUUGCAUAGUUUGAAUGCUACUGUGGAGGGUUUGCCGGAGGGUGAUUUUUGCACGUAUGAGGUUGAUGAGUAUGCUGAUUCGGAUGAAAAGAAAGUUGCUCAUGAAGCUGUUUCUGUUAAGAAACAUUAUUGGAAAUGGGUUAGUGCUGAUUCUAUUCAACCUUGAUGUUGUAUCUUUUCUAUGAAUCAAUCGACGACACGAACACCAGACACCGCACUUAAAGUAUACAUGGAUAAUAAGUGAUUAUACAAUAUACAUAACCACACACAAUGGUGUCGGUGUCAUAUUGAUGUCUAGCAUAGGUUGAACACCAGAGAUGUCUGCAAUCUAAAAUGCAUUGGUGUCGAACACGGGCAGAAAACUAGACUAGCCUUCAAUCUGAAAUGUUUGUGCUAUAUAGUUCUUUUUAAUAGAUUUUACUGACAUAAAUUUUGGGAAGGAGGAGGGUGCUUUUGUUUAUGUUUGUAUACAUAUAUGAAUAGUGGUACCAACAGUUUUUGUACUUGUAUAUCAUUUUGUACUUGAAUAGAAUUUGGUAUUUUCUUUGAAAUAAUAAUUUACAUUAACUACUUGUUUUGUUGUA